GUUUCAGUAUAAAAGCAAUGUUAUGAAUGGAUCGUGUUCUCCGUAUGCCUGGUGGCUCUUGUCUGGUGUGUUGUGUUUGGAAAAGUUUUCACAGGCUGAUGUAUAGAUAUAAAGAUUUCCCGGACGAGUCAAUGAAGUUUCUGCUCUUCGCCUUGAGUUCAUUGGCCGUAACUGUCGCAUGUCCGCCCUGCUGUAAUCAUUCCGGAUGCGCCAACAAGCUUCCCUGUCCUUGUUUACCGUCAAAUGAUUGCCAUCAUCGUCCAAAAUCGACUAGCACAAAAAGGCCCGCUCCUCCACCUUGUCCACCUAAACCUAGCUGCGGAUCUAACUGCGGUAAACGCUGUAACGAGAGAAGUUGUAAAAUUUGCAAACCUCACAAACAUGACAAAUAUGAAGGAAAAGACUGGUUCUUACCCUAUACGUCGCAUUUGCAACGUUUCUACAGCAGGAAAUACCAAACGCAUCACUACCACACCCAGCCGGGACCAAUUUCGAGAUUCCUCUCCGACACAUUCUACGGAGAAGGCCCUCCGGGCAGAAUGAUCACUGUUGAUUUAUACAACCAACAAAAGCAUGAGCUUCGUCGCCACUGCCCCUUUUUGGUUCCGCUGUAUACUGCGAUCAACAAGAAAACAAAAUCUCAGAGAAUGACCACCUAUGUCUCAGAGCUCAACGUAAUUAUGAAGUCGGGGCAGGGAUGGUAUAAGUUGGAACAGGUCGGUUACUGUGUUAAGGGAUAUAAGUGCGGGGCUACCAAGCCACUAAUGGAGAUUCGUGUAAAGAACAAACUCUCGGACGUUCUUUACACAUCGGAUAUGGAGGAAGUUGGUGUCGUGAGUAAGUGGAAGGGCUGGGUCUUGGAUACCAGCCCAAUAUGUUACUUAUGGUGAUCGUUGUUUGUUAGAACACUGGUGAAGGCCGAAAUAAAGUCAGCUGGAAGAAUAGCGCUGCCCAAAUAAUAAAUUCACU